AUGACCUUCUUGCAAUUUUCUUUGUUCAGGAAGAAGCAUGCGGUUGUGAUUGUUCACGACGAACGGGGACUGGCGAGACUACUUGGACGGCAAGUUGAGAAACGGAGAGAGUGGGAAUUGGAACCAGAAGAGGGGCUGUUGAGACUUGGACAAGAACAGUAUACGGUGUGCGUCUCUAUCCAUGAAGACGUCCGCCGGAAUGCCUUAGCUGGGCGGAGCCGCGUCCUCCCUUCUUCAAUCCCUAAUCACAUUCCGUUAACGGUAGGACAAGAGUGCCGCUGUAUGCGAAGAAGGGAUGCCGUAGUUGACUUCACAUGA